CCAAGGAACUAGCAAGCUACGGAAAAGGCGAAAUAGUCGCUGAGAGGAGCAAGAAAUCCUCCACCUGCCGCUAUGUUCAGUGAUGUAGAGACAAAGGACUGAGUUGCUCUUUAAUAAACAAGGACCCAUGACCCUGACACGAGGUUCCUUCAGCUACUCCAACGGUGAGGAGUACCAUGGUGAAUGGAAAGAAGGUCUGCGUCACGGCCUGGGUCAGCUGACCUUCAGCGACGGAAUGUGUUACACGGGACAGUUUGAGAAUGGACUCUUCAAUGGGUGUGGGGUGCUUGUCUUCCCCGACAGCUCCAGGUAUGAAGGGGAAUUUGUGCAGGGCAAAUUUCAAGGUUCUGGCGUCUUCACUCGCUAUGAUGGGAUGAGGUUUGAGGGCGAGUUUAAAGGCGGCUGUGUUGAUGGAUACGGAGUGCUGACGUUUUCUGACGGAGGCCCCGGCGGCGUCAGCCAUGAGGGCCUGUUUGAGACCAACCAGCUGAUGAGGAGAGAGAACAGCCAGGGAGCCUUGCAGAGGGCACAGGCAGCAGCCGCCAAGGCCCGGGCUCUGGCCAUGUGAACAGGACUACAUUACCCACAGUGCCCCACCACCAGAACCAUCCUCCUCCCAUCAGACUUCUUCAGGUUUUUCUUGGCUUUCUUGCAUCCAGUUUCUGUGACUGCAUAUCACCAAACCUCCUUUUAAACGUUUGCUGUAUUUGUACAUUUCCAGGCAGAUGUUUUCUGUCUUAUUUCAUUUUUCUGACCUUUAACUUGCAGUAUUCUUUGGAGUACCAAUCAAAGGGGUCUAGCAGGCCACAUCUACUCUAUGUAACACUCUAUUUUUGCAUCUGAUGAGAAAGCCACUGAUUCAGGAUCAGCCAAGCCAACCCCAGUUUAAGUGUUCAGUUCUAACGACGGUGCUAAAUCUGUGUCAGGCUCAGUUAUAUAGCUCUAUUUAAAAGUACAUCUAGGUGUUUCCAGUAAGCACUGAUUUGUUUAUUCUUUAUGACAAGAAACGUCCAGACAUCAAGGAUUAAACUUUGCUUAUUUGGGCCAAAACAUUUUAAGGUUUAUGAAAGCUGAGUCUUGAAAGCUGGAAGAUUUCAGGUUUCCUUGGUCAAUUAUUCAAUCUUUCAACUUAGGUGCAGUGUCCAACAUCUGCAAGUAAUUUAAAGAAUAAAUGAGCUAAACUCAAAGAAUUAAAGUGGAUCUAUAAUUAUCUAUUGUAGCCUUAAUAGGAAGAACUUUUUAAAGAAAGCCUUAUUAACGUUAACAACCUGAAGCUAAAACCAGCAAAUGAGAAAACCUGCAGAGGGCAUUGAUGGAUUUUCUCUUUAUUUGUAUUUAUACCCAUGGACAGUAGUAAUGUGCCAUCAUUCAGGUUCCAGUGAUAAAUAUCUAUCUUGAGUUAUAAUUCUGACUGUUUCUGACUAAUGUGUGCUUUAACCGGGUAUUUUUUAUCAGACUGUGUUACCUUAACUAACUGUAAGAAAGGAAUAAAACCGACUUUAAAUCAAACAUGAUGGAAACAGAUGCUGCCGUGAACAGUCGUUAAAGAUGUAACAGGGAGGCCGUGAUAUGAGACUGAUUUAUGAUUUAGGGCUAAAGUUGAGUGGGAACGUUUUUUGAUUGGUUACUCUGAAUUUGUUCUAAGAUAUCAUAUAAACGGUCGGACUGUUCGAAAGUGAAGGCUGAUAUAAACUACCUGAUGUGUCAUUAGGAUGUUUGAACCCUCCAGUUAAAGUGAAAUGAUAUCUUUAAAAAUGGUAUUAGUCAUUUCCAAGGCCAUUUCCCAGAAAAAAAAGUAUGUCAUCUAGAACUAAUUAAUUUAGUGAUGCACACUGAAUGAUUUCACCUUCAAUUAAUGAAUUCCAAUUAGUGCCAACAUUCUGAUCUGAAUUUAGGGUGUAGAAGCAUUUUCAGGCAAAGUUAUGAAUACAGAUUCUGGGCUGUGUGCUAGACAAAUGUCUUAACCUUGACUGACUGAGUCUUUACAGCAACAGUCAUCUACUCUUUGACAAAAUGAGUACAAAACUUUAUAAACCAAAAGCCUUCAAUAAAACACAAAUGUUUGUAAUAAUUUAAUGAUGGAACUAUUGAAGUGACAAGGUGUAAUGCUUACUUAUUGCUUGCUUAUAGACAUUAAGACUUUAAGUAAAGUAACAGAACUUUAUCUCCAUGUUUCCCUGUAUUUAAUGGGAAACUAAGUCAUCAUUUCCAUGACUUCAUUGAAAAGUGUUAAACAGCUUUAAAAUUAAAUGUUAUUUAAGUCUCCUUUUAAACACAUUUUGCCAAAUUUAAACUUUAAAAUCAGAGUUUUUUAUUUUGAAUCACUCAAAUGACCAAAUCAGUGCUAACUGUACUUCCUGCCUUCCUGUUGAAGGGUGCAUUAGUUCUGACUUCUGAACCCUCAUUGGUGCUCUGGUAUUUAAAAAUCUACGGUUUACUAUGAGCCAGCAGACUGUCAGAAGGGUGUCGAUCUUGGCUAACGUAAAUGUGAGCGGUAUCUUUUUUUUUUUUUUUUUUUUUUUUUUCACUCAGUGCCGUUACAGCCAAUCUGAUCUCAGAUCAGUGGACAAAUCUUCCCUCAGUGCCAAACACACAGUGCCAACAGGCUGGAGCUGAUCCAGAAUCAGUGGCUAGACAUCAGAAGGGAAGGGUGGAGGGGAGUGCAACGUCUGCAGUGUUACAGGCUGCAUUAAUGAGUGCAAUUUCUGUUUUGGAGGUGCAAUUUGAUAAUGUUCCAUUUUCAGCCUGAAAGCAAGAUAUUCUGUACUUCAGGUUUCAGAGUCAGAGAAGAGGAGAAUCUGGUGGCUCUCUCUGCACAGAAAGCAUCAUCUAAUAGAAGAGAGAGGUCUGAACUGAAAGGGUUUCAUUCCAUAAAUGCAUGCAAAGGACCUCAUAUUCAAGUGAUUUAUUCAAAUAUCUUAAAAAGCAAGAAGAGUCCGAAGAGAAUUUUUUAUCAGGUAUCCAUAACACGCUUAACCAAACAAAGCUAAAGAUAACUUCACAUUGUCUUUUGUAUCUUUUUGAACUGAAAAUCUUUUCUUCACCGUUUUGGUUUCCUUUCUCUCCUUUUCACGUCCCUGAAAAUGAUGUCACUGUGUGCGUUCAGUGUUUGCGUGUAACUCACCAAAGUUCCCCUCCCCUCGAAAGAAAAAGGAAAAAAAAAAGAGUGUAAGCAUCACUGUUAAGCUUAAAUUGUGAUAACUAACACAUAAUUCAUAGUGCGUUGUGCCUGCUGGGAAUCAGCAUCUGUCUGUGUAAUGAGAUCGGUGUGUAGAUGUGUCACAUGUGCAUGUGUAGUUGUACCGUAAGAGGGUGGGUAGGUAGGUGGGGUAUUAAAUGGGAGUUAAUUGCCGGUUAUGUGAUUAUCUCAGAGUGCGAUUCAUUUAGGAUGUGGUUCGGGGGCCUGUUGUGUUCCCCACUGACCGAUUUGACAGCGAGCGACGUGAAGAACAGUGGGACUGACGGAGGAAUCUCACACCUCUUAAUUGGCUCUGGGAUCGGAGCAGAGACACUGUUUAAUGGUGCUGACUGUUGCCUUUAGCUGAAGUGGAAUCUGAAAUGAUCUGUCAGUUUUGGACGCCAUGUUAUCAUGCAAAAACCUUGUGACCUUGUAUUUUGUGAUUGUUUUUUAUGUGUUGUACAUAUGUCCUUAUGAUCCCAUGUUCCUUACCACUAAAAACAACACUUAGGGAUCACAAAACCCUUUAAAAAAAAAAUGCACCUUAAAAAUCUCAACUUGAAAUGUUGCCGUUUGAUAUUAACACAACAGGUUUCCAGCAGAUGUCAUGUGUUAAACAUUGUCUGUAGUUGUUAUGGCUGAUUUAAUAUUUCACUGUGAAGGGUCUCCAUUCAUGACAAACGAGUUUGUAGUUGAAAUCCACCCUAAAACAGAAUAAAGAAACGUCCCUCCACCUCAGGGACUCAAUUAAAAACUCACUCUGACUACAAAAAAAACAAAAACUCCUCAAUAAAAUGUCUCUGUGCAAUCUGUCAAUUCAUAUACACUGUUCUUUUAAAGGUAUAUUUAUUUAUGGUUCAAAAUGUGUAAAAUAGAAAUAAAAAAAAUCCUUAGAUUUUCUUAGCUGUUAGAGCGUUCAUACAACAAAAACGCUUAAAAACGUUACAAACAGAACCUACUCUGUAUAUUUAAAGAAGGUUUAUAACUUUAAAUAUCCAUGAAUGAUGACAAUGUCACCAUCACAGAUUAUUGGAUUGACUCAAGAAUUGUUUCACGCUAAAAAGUAAAACUCUCAAGGGGGGGGGGGGGUCUCUCAAGAGGCUGGACUUGAUGUCUGAGACGCUAAAGAUGCCAGGCAGCAAGGCAAAGACUUUGAGUAAAAUGACAGUUUUUGCCUUUCUAUCAGUGCUAAACGUUAUUGGAGGUAAUCACAACUCAAGAGAGGAGAGAAACACACAGGUGAGCAGAAAAAAGUUACACAAGGCUGACCCACCGCUCACGUGAUGUGAAAGUCAUCCACUCCUCUCCUGUGCAGAUGAAAGGCACAUAGAUCUUGAAACCACACCCAUGACAAAAAACCAGAAUACUUGUUUUUCAUUAAAGCUGUACUGUUCCUUUAAUGAAACUGUCAGGUAUUUUAGAAAUGUUCUCAUCAUGGGGAAAAUACCUACAGUUAAAUACAUUUUGAUGCCAAGCUAUUAUAGUUUCCCCCUGUUUCCAGGGUUUGUGCAAAGCAAGACCGAAAGCCUGUUUUAUUUUAAAUUUGGAUCAAUCUCUCUAACUGACUGAGGAACAAAAUGAUAAAACAAAGUCUUACAAUAAAAUGUCUAAUUGCCCCUGUCGAUAUAUAUUUCAAAGACUAAUGAUCGUGUGCGGAUCAUCCAAUAUAAAGAUUUAAAAAAACACAGAAAGAUGAAGUUGAGGAAAAUAAAAGUGGUUAUAGAUUUCAAAUGAAACUGAAUAUUCUGUUUUGGGAUUGAUUUCAAACAAUGAGAGAAAACUUUGUUUUGUUUGUGUUGUUUUACUCAGACUUGUACAUUCUGAAGUGGUCUUUGAUAUUUUCAGCUUCUUUAAGGCUUUAUGACUGUUUAUAUAGUGUUUGUUUUACAAAAGGAUUGUUUGUUUGUUUAAGUUGAAUGUAAAUGUUUGUUUUCUCUGUGUAUUUAUUAAGAGGCAAAGUCUGUGUUCAGAAAAAUGUAACACACACACACACAGACACACACACACACACACACACAUUUGAAGACUGGAGAUGUAAUCAAU